UUUCACAGCUACCUGUCUCUAGUGGAGGCACAGUAGUUGUUAAGCCUCACGCCUAGUUUAUAGCGAAGUACUUUGUUUCUAUACGCUUUUUCCCAUUAUCAAAACGCAGAACAUGGCGGUGAACACAAGCACAUCCCUGGUGUUGUCCAGUCUGCUGUCGGUGCUGGUCUUUGCUGGCAUGCAGAUGUUUAGUCGGCAGCUGGGCUCGUCUGAGUGGCUGACCAUACUGGGAGGGUUCCUGGGAUCUGUGCUCUUCAUCUGCUCUCUCACUGCCUUCAAUAACCUGGAGAAUCUGGUCUUUGGCAAGGGCUUUCAGGCUAAGAUCUUCCCAGAGAUCCUUUUGUGUCUGAUGCUCUCUCUGUUUGCCUCUGGGCUGGUACAUCGAGUAUGCGUCACUACAUGUUUGAUCUUCUCUCUCUUCGCUCUUUACUACAUUAACAAAGUCUCAGCAGCUCUUUACCAGGCGGCAGUUCCAGCAGCCACCCCAGCUAAAACCACCAGCAAGGGCAAGAGGAAGAACUGAAUCACCACGGAAUCAACCGCCCGGCUAUCACCCAAUCAGCACUCUGCCAUGAGUGGCUCCCAGCCAAUCACAAUUAAAAAAAAAAAGACAAAAACAAAAAAAUGGAAUUUGGCUAGCCAAUGGAAUCACGCUGCAGUAAGAUGUUACGUGCAUUGCUACUUCAAAAUAUAGUUUCUACAUUCCAAACCAUCAGAUCACGUUUUUCCAUUAUUAAUGGCAUCGAUUGGUUUCAACACUGUGGAAUAUGUUUGUGUUUAUUUGUUUGUUGAACAAAUUUGCUAUUAAAACCAUUUGAAAAUGCCAUA